AUGUCUGAGAAGCAGGACAUCAACAGCAAUGCGGUGCGGUCGGGAUCGGCAUCGCUGUCGGGCUCGCUCGACGGCCCCAAGGCCGGCAAGGUGCUGCAGGUCGAUCUCGAGGAUGAGCAGCUCUUCUCGAUGGGCUACGAGCAGCACAUGCGGCGUGGCUUCAACGCCUGGUCCAUGACGGCCUUUUGCCUCACCGGUCUGGGGCUGCUGCCGUCUGUGGGAGGCACGCUCUGGUACAGCCUCGGAUACCUUGGCCUUAUGCCCAUGACCUGGGGCUGGCUGGCGGCUUCGUUCUUUAUCAUGACCAUGGUCUUCUCCAUUGCGGAGAUGAGCUCGGCCAUGCCGACGGCUGGAGGGCUCUACUACUGGACUUUCAAGUGUGCCCCGCCGAAGCUCAAGAAAGUCUCCUGCUGGAUCACAGCCUGGAGCAUGGUCAUGUCAACCGCCCUCAGCGGAGCCUCGUUCUUCAUGACACAGGCCCAAAUGAUCCAGGCGCUCGUGGUCAUGUUCCAUCCCGAUUUUGAUCCCACGGCAUGGCAGCUGUACCUCAUAUACCUUGGUUGUCUGAUUGUAUGUGGCAUGGUCAUGGUCCUUCCCAGCAACAUCCUGGGCAAGAUCAGCAACGUAUUUGCCUGGCUGGGCACGGUGACCUUCUUUGUCCUCUUGAUUGCGCUGCCGAUCUACGCGCACAAGAACCGAUCGUACAACACGGCCCACGACAUGUUUUUCUCGCGGGUCAAUCAGACCGGCUUCAAGAAUGAAGGCCUCGUCUUCCUGCUGACCUUUCUGGCGCCCUGCUGGUGCAUCAGUGGCUACGACUCGACGGCCCACCUGUCGGAGGAGACAGAGAACGCGUCUGUGGUGGUGCCGCGAGCCAUGUGGACGUCGUGUGUCUUUAUCGCCAUCGUCGGCUACAUCUUCAACGUCGUGCUGGCCUAUGCCGCCGUUGACCUGGACGGCAUUCUGGGCUCGCCUCUAGGCCAGCCUCUGGCCGCCAUCAUGGUCAGCGCCAUGGGCGACGGCGCCUUUCCGAAACUUCUCUGGAUCUGCACUGUGCUGUCCAACUUUGGCAUCGUCUUCGUCAUGAACACGUCGGGCACCCGCAUCUUCUGGGCCUACGCUCGUGACGGCGCUCUGCCCUUCUCGCGCUUCCUCAGCGCCAUCAACAAGACUACCCGUACGCCCAUGAAUGCGUCCGUGACCUUGUCGGCCGUUUUUGCUCUCAUCGGUCUCAUCUCGCUCGGCUCCACGACCGCGCUGCAAGCCUUCUUUUCCGGCUCGUCCGUCACCGGUGCGGCCGCCUACCUGAUGCCCGUGCUCAUGCGCUGCCUCUACGAGGACAAUCCCGAAUAUGUUCCCGGUCCGUUUACGCUCGGCCGCCUGUCUCGGCCGAUCCGCUGGACCGCCGCACUCUGGACCAUUUUCACCCUCCCGCUCCUGGCCUUUCCCUCGACUGCACACCCGGACGCGUCGACGUUCAACUGGAGCGUCGUCUUCUAUGUCGGCAUGUUCGUCAUCGUGCUGCCGUGGUACUUUCUCCGGGCGCGCAAGUGGUUCACGGGCCCGGGAGAAAAUGUGCGCUCAGAGUAG